AUGCAAGCGUCUCGUUCUCGAUUAAUAAGGUGGGCCAUCCCCGCGCCACCAUCUAAUCAAAUCCGGGUACUCCCCUACCGACGUCAUGUCUCUAUACUCCAAGUACCGGUCCUGAGAAGGACUCCCAAGCACAUCCGGAGCUUCUGUUCGUCCAUAUCACGCCGGUUUAUGCUAGAUGCAGACUCGACUAUCUAUGCGCUAUCCACAUCCCCAGGGAGAGCGGCAAUUGCUAUCGUGCGCGUUUCCGGUCCAGCAUGCGUCUCGAUAUACAAAGCACUAUGUCCACAAAAGCCCCUUCCAACCCCCCGUUAUGCUACACUACGUACUCUCUACGACCCAGUACACCCGCCCUCAACCAAUACGGUCCUAGACGCCGGUGCACUAGUCCUCUACUUCCCAGCCCCAAACACUGUGACGGGCGAAGAUGUCCUCGAAUUUCAAAUCCACGGAGGUCCUGCAAUAGUAAAAGCUGUAUUAGCUGCCAUUGCGCGCACAAAUACAAAGAUAAUCGACACGGUCGUCCGUUACGCUGAACCAGGCGAGUUCACGCGCCGCGCAUUUAUGAACGACCGCCUUGGCCUCCCUCAGAUCGAAGCGCUAGGUGACAUACUCAAUGCAGAGACAGAACAACAGCGUCGAUUAGCUGUCCGCGGCUCUAGUGAUGCUUUGUUAAAGCGGUAUGAGCUCUGGCGGCAACAAUUAUUGUAUGCGCGCGGCGAGCUCGAGGCUCUAAUUGAUUUCUCAGAGGACCAGCACUUUGAUGAGUCAACUGAAGAGCUGGUAUCUUCAGUUGCGGCGCAAGUACAUGAGCUGCAGAGCCAGAUUGGGUUUCAUAUUCAGAAUGCGUCGAAGGGUGAGCUCCUUCGUAAUGGGAUUCGGGUUGCGCUACUUGGGGCUCCGAAUGCAGGGAAGAGCUCUCUAUUGAAUCGUGUUGUUGGUAAGGAAACUGCGAUUGUCAGUAGUGAAGAGGGAACGACGCGGGAUAUUGUUGAUGUCGGUGUUGAUCUGGGUGGGUGGUACUGUAGGUUAGGUGAUAUGGCUGGCAUUCGUGCCGAUGCUGGAUCACAAUCUGUUGUCAUCGGUGCAGUUGAGAAGGAAGGUAUACGACGAGCUAGAGCGAGGGCCUUGGAGUCUGAUGUUGUCAUCGUGGUGCUUUCGCUAGAGGAGACUGCACAUGGAGUCCGCCUUUUAGUGGAGCCUGAAGUCCUUGAUGCGGUUAGCGAUUGUGUCCAGGCGGAAAAGUGUCUCGUUGUCGCUAUUAAUAAAUGUGACAAGCUUCCCAGUGAAGACAGAGAUGUGCUGCUGCCACUGAACCUGGCAGAUACAGUCCGUGAUGUCUUCCCUGCGGUCACAAAAGAUCGAGUCUUUGCUAUUUCAUGCGAUGAAGCAGAAAGAGGCACAUUAGCACCAAGCCAGACAGAUCCAGGGAAUCUACAGUCAUUUCUACGCGGCUUGAUAGCGACCUUUGAAGAGAUUGCUUCACCGCUUGGUAUAGAAGGAGAUGGCAAUGGCCAAUAUGACAAUUCUUAUUGGGAAGAUUCAUUGGGAGUGACACAUCGUCAAAGUUCUAAUUUACAAAAAUGCCUUGACCACCUGGAAGAUUUUCUAUCUCAGACAUCCAUGUCUACUUCCGCUUCUUUUUCAUCUGAAUUCCCCCAGGAAUCUGAGAUUGACAUUGUGACUGCUGCCGAGCACCUGCGUUGCGCGGCCGACAUACUGGCCAAGAUCACUGGGAAAGGGGAGAGUGGAGAUGUCGAAGAUGUGCUAGGCGUGGUCUUUGAGAAGUGA